UUCUGUGCAUGAGGGGAAGUGGUGUGGGAAGGGAACUUCUACCUCUUCUGCCCUGUUCUGUUAGGUUUUACUGGAGCUUCUAACACCUCUGUACUAGAACCUGUUGGACUGAGGGGGGAGUUUCCCAAAAUACAGGAAAGGACUGAGCUUACAGUGUUGUCACAAUCCUAGCUAAAAGCAGUACAAGUGAAUAGAAUGAAUAAGAAGAAUGUGUUGCUUUUUCUAGCUCUGUAACUAAACUGUUAACUCUGUUGUGAGUUACACAACUCACUAUGAACUCAGUUUCACUGUGAACUCAAACUUAAGUUUUCUGAUGCGUCCUAUUAGAUCUCUUUAAGUUAAGGAAGAAGUUCAAGUAGGUACUUCUAUCUUACUCUUACUACUCAAAGCUGUCUUUUCUCAGAAGUCCCAGCUGGGAAUGUAGUACUUACAUUCUGGAUCAGCCCCACUUCUGCAGAGCUACCGGGUCAGACCCCAAAGUAUGUAUUUGUGGAGUGAGGCUUACUGUGUGUUUUGCUGUCACUUUGUAUGUGAGGAUGCAAGGUGCUCACCAGUUGAGGAGGCAGUAUGGCUUUCUUGAAGGUUGGCAAACAAUGGCUUUUAUUUGUUUUGCAGAAGUACAGCCACCGUGGGGGCUUUGGAUGCCGUCAGCUGUGACUUUCACACUUGUGUUAGCCUUGACCCUCUCCUGGGUGAGACUAGAGUCCUUGCUGGGAGGGGGCAGCCACCCAGAUGGGAUGCGAGUGGCUUGUGGUGCUGAUCCACCUGGAAUCAUGUGCAGGCCAGGUGGGAAGGCUGGUUGUCCUUAACAUAGUCCUUUCUCAUGACUUUGAUGGCAGGUCUGUAAGUGCCCUUCUUCUGAUUUGCAGUCUGAAGUCAGGCAGGUUUGCAUUUUGUUUCCUUUGUUAAAGGAGUUGUGGUCAGCCUGCUGUAAUAAUGAAGGUAAACUGUGAGAUUUCAGUAAGCAAAAUCUAAUGUUGAUGAUGAGUAAAAUGAUCUAUAGUUUUCAGCCUUCUUUACACAAAAAUCACUGAAAUGGAAAUUAAAAGGAAACCCUACAGACUACUCAAUUCGAUAGUAAGAAAGCAUUGAUCCUGUUGGGACAGCAUAAAUACAUCCCAGUGGAUUGUGGUCACGAAAGCGUGUUCACCCACUCACCUCCAAGAAGUGGUGUUUCCCCCAAAGAGGAGCUCCGGGCAGUGGGAAUGUGCAGGAGCCUGGUGGAAGGUGGCCCUGGCAUGGGGAAGUGUUCAUAUUUUACCCUUGGAGAAGUCAUUUUCAUACCAUAGAGAAGCAUGCCCGGAGCCAACAGCUGGCUGUGAUGCCAAGGUUUAGAACGGGGGUUGGACUCGAUGAUCCCUUCCAGCCCCUACAUUGCUGUGUUUCUGUGACUCGAGGUGAUAUUUCCUUUUGAGGCUCCAUCUGCAUGAUAAAAGCAUGUGAGGGGCUUUCCGCUGAGCUCUGGAGCUGGCCUGUCGUGGAGUGAGAUCAGAAAAGCUGCUGUCCUGACGUGCCCCUCCUCUCUGGGGAUUAGGGACGGCAGAGGGCUGGCGGUAGCUCUGUGGACACCUACCUGCUCUUGGGUUCUGCUGCUGGGCUGGCCAAAAAAGCUGCAGCUCCACUUUCAGCAGCCGUGCCCUUCUCGGGCUGAGCAGGAGGAGGAUGGCCUAUGCAGAAGAGGACAGACUUCUCCUUUGAAACGUGGUUCAGCUGGAUGACUCUGCACUUUAAUUCAGGACUGUGGAAGCUAUUUCUUCCCUUAGGAUCACAAGUUUGUAACACAAUGGGCUGUUUCUGAUCCUGUUACCUCUUGCCAGGCAGACCUCAUUUGUAGAGCCUGCUGCCCGUGGCCAUGUUGGUUCACUCCAGCCUCAAGUCGUCCCCCCAUGUACGGCCACCAGUGCCACUCAUCGGUGGCAAUGACCAAAGAGCUAUCAAGAACCUUGCGUUUGAAGAGACUCUCCAAUCAACCUUGAUAUUGACUUUCAGAAAGUACCUUUGUUGUCCUAUUGGAAGAAGGAUUAUGGGAUUCUUCUUCUAUUGAUUGAGUUUCAAAACUGAUUAAUGUGUUUGAAGAAUACUGAACUGUCAGACCUAAAUAUUGAAGUUGUCUCUCUUCUGAAAAGACAAGUUCAAAGCAGGCAAAGUAACGCCGGCAUUGGAUAAGAUCUAUUUUUGGCAAAGUAACAGAGCAUACCCCUUUUAAAACAGGAAAAAAAUGAACUAAAUUCAUGGGUUUAAUUUCCAUUUUCGUAUAGGCGUGUUAUUAAACCUCUUGCUGAGGACUAGACUGUGAAUAUAACCCAGUGCAUGAGGGAGGAGAGGAAGAACAAGGCAUCCUUACUGAAACCACAAGGUGUGGAUGUCUGCAAGGUGUUCCUGGUUCUGGAUGGAAGCCCUGGGAGUUGAUGGCACUCAGCACUUAUGAAGCUGGGUUCUCCAUCUCUGUCGAUGCUGCUUGCCCCUGCACCUUUCUCCUUUGUACGUCCCCAACCCAGGCUGGACGUCCUCACGUAUGCACGCAGAAACAGCUACGAGGUGUACAAGGAAACAGCGGACUGGUUGCGUGCCCAUGCUGCUCAGUGCCCAAAGAUUGCCAUCAUCUGCGGAUCCGGGCUGGGAGACCUGGCAGAAAUGCUGGAGCACAAGACGAUCUUUCCCUAUGAGGAUAUCCCUCACUUCCCACGGAGCACAGUGUCAGGGCACGCGGGCAGGCUGGUGUUCGGGGAGCUGAGCGGACGGCCAUGCGUCUGCAUGCAGGGACGCUUCCACUUCUACGAGGGAUACUCCAUCAGCACGGUCACCUUUCCCAUCAGGGUCUUCUUUCUCCUGGGGGUGGAGAUCUUGAUUGUCACUAAUGCUGCCGGGGGACUGAACCCGCACUUCCAGGUGGGGGACAUCAUGCUCAUUAGAGAUCACAUUGGCAUGUUUGGUGUGGGAGGUCAGAACCCGCUGCGUGGACCAAACGAUGAGAGGUUCGGCGUCAGGUUCCCCUGCAUGUCUGAUGCCUAUGAUCAAGAUCUGCUCAGCCUGGCAAUGGAGAGUGCGCAGGAGCUGGGCUUCCUGGGCUUCACCCGAGAUGGGGUGUACUGCAUGAUGGCGGGUCCCUGCUUCGAGACCAUCGCCGAGUGCCGCGUGCUGCAGGCCCUGGGAGCAGACGCUGUGGGCAUGAGCACCGUGCCAGAGGUGAUCGUGGCCCGCCACUGUGGCCUGUGUGUCCUCGGGCUGUCCCUCAUCACCAACACGGCGGUGAUGAGCUAUGGCAGCCAGGAGAAGGCCAGCCACGAGGAUGUGCUGCGCGUCUCAGCCAGCCAGGCCAAAGCCCUGCAGAAGCUGGUCAUGCACCUCAUCAGCAAGCUUGGCCCAGCUUCCCCCUGACCUCAACUAUUUAGUGUCGAAAUCACAGUGCAUGAAUGCUAGGACAUGCCAAGGGAGAGCCCUUGGUGAGACAGUUCCAGUUUGGAAUAGAUGGUUGGUUUAUCUUGCUGGAUGGGAUGGUCCCACUCUGACGUCCCAGCUGGGAGGAGGUGGUUGAGUUUUGUCUCUGAACUUUAGCUAGUUGGGUGCUGAGGUUUGCUUUGAAUCUUGCUACAAUGAUCCCCUUUUUAGUAGCCAGCUCCCUUGUUGGCUGAGGAAAGUCCUCUGCUUUCCAUGAAGAAACUGAACCUAGGACGCAUCAGGGGCCACCACGCUUUGUUUACCAGCAUGCCAAUGGGCUACGAGGGAAAGGUGGCUAUUCCCCGUAGCAAUGCAUUAUUCAUUAUUCCCCAAAGGUCGGGCUGCAGCUGAGUGUGAAUCAGGAACUGUAAUUACGAGGUGACUUUUUACAUCCAUUUGUCUUGGAGCUCUCCAUCGAGCUCACCGCUGUCAGAGCCGAGUGCUCUCCAGUGUCACAGGCUGAAACCAGGAGCCCAGCUCGUCAUGGAGAGCUUCCAAUCUGCCUUCCUAAAUUUAGCGAAUCAAUUGCAUGCCAGUGCUCCGUGCAGGCUUCAGCCCGCUGUGACAUCCCUUUGGCUCGGGGCGCAGAAGGAUGCUGUGGCUCAGUGAGUUUGUCUGGAUGGGUAUUUGGGGCCCUCCGUGUUGCUGCCAAGGGAUGAUGCUGUGUUGGGAGUGAUGCAGUUGUUGGCACCAGCGGAAUCAUAGAAUGGUUUGAGUUGGAAGGGACCUUAAAGGCCAUCUGGUCCCAGUCCCCGCAAUGAGCAGGGACACCCACAGCUCCAUCAGUGCUCACAGCCCCGUCCCCUGACCUUGGCUGUCUGCAGGGACAGGGCACCACCACCUCUCUGGGCAGCCAACUUUCCCUUCUUCCUUCUCCAACCCGUCCCAGUUUGUGCUUGUUUUGUUACAGGGUGGAGGGAGGUCGGCUAAUAUCCCCCUGCCUAGAAAAUGGUGCUUCACGUUCAUCUAAUUAAUACUUGGUAAAUACAAAGCCUCUCGAGUGCAUGCGGACAGCAGCUGUGUGGUUGGCCGUAGCUAAGGCUGGGAUUUCAGCCGGCCUCAUUAAUUAAGCAGCAUCAGGCUGGGCUGCAAUGUGCGGGGCGGUCUUGGGGAGAUGGGGGCCUGGGCUCCUCCAGCACCAUUGCCCCCCCCACCAAAGGAGCAGGCAGUGGGCUCCAAAGGCGGCUGUAGGGUGGGACCUCAUGUAAGGCAGCUUUUAGGGUGAAACCUUGUGUGUAUGGACGAUCUCAACAUCUACCAAAUGACUAACUCUACCUUUGCCAAAUCAUUCAAUAGAAAUACUUCCUAACCCAACUGUAGACAGGUUGGGUAUUGGAAGGGACCUUAAAGAUCACCUUGUUCCAACCCCUGCCCAUCACCUGCCUGGUGACCACGUUCCUCAGUGCCACAUGCCCACGGUUUGUGGACGCUCCCAGGCACGGUGACUCCCCCACCUCCCUGGGCAGCUGUGCUGGUGCCUCACUGCUCUCUCCAAGAAGUUUUCUCCAGUACCCAGCCUGAAAUGGGGAGAGGGGAGAACCCUGGAAGUCACGCUGCGGGGAGGGGGAGAUUUACCGUGAAUGAGAGGAUCCACCUGUUUUUUGGGUGCUUUCAGUCUGGCCACCUUUACUGCUGAUGGGUUUCCAAAGGCACGAGGGUGCCAGGGCAGAAAUAAAGCUUGCUGCAAU